AUGCGGCCUCAAGGGGCCAUCUUCGUGGUGCUCCCCCACCUAGGGCUCAUCCUGGUCUGGCUGGUCACCAGCCACCAGAUGUCAGGGUGGUGUGAGGGCCCACGGAAACUGGCCUGGUGCCCGCCCUACAAAGUCAUGUUGCUCGUGUGGACCACCAUCUUCUCCGUCAUGGGCUACGCCUCCUAUCUGGUGUGGAAGGACCUGGGAGGGGGCUUCGGGUGGCCCCUGGCCCUGCCUCUCGGCCUCUAUGCCAUGCAGCUGGCCAUCAGCUGGACUGUCCUGGUUCUCUUUUUUGAAGCCCACAGCCCUGGUCUGGCCCUGCUGCACCUGCUGCUGCUCUACGGGCUGGUGGUGAGCACAGCGCUGAUCUGGCACCCCAUCAACAAGCUGGCCGCCCUGCUUCUGCUGCCCUACCUGGCCUGGCUCACCGUGACCGCUGCCAUCACCUAUCGCCUGUGGAGGGACAGCCUCUGCCCAGAGCACCAGCCUCAGCCCACGGCCGGAGGAGAGCUCCUGAGGCCCUAG